AUGAUAGAGAUAUACAAUGAACAAGUGAGAGAUCUUCUUGGCACAGAUGCCUCACACAAGAAAUUAGAUAUUCGAAACAAUGGACACAACGGAUUUAAUAUACCAGAUGCCAGUGUUUUGCCAGUUAAUUCGAUAUCUGAUGUCUUAGACUUGAUGAAUUCUGGCCAAAAGAAUCGCACUGUUAGCUCUACCGCCCUCAAUGACUGCAUCAGUCGUUCUCACAGUGUAUUGACUGUGCAUGUACAAGGCACAGAUUGUGUAUCUGGAUGCAGCCUUCAUAGCUACCUACAUUUAGUGUAUCUUGCUGGAAGUGAGAGGGUGGACAAACCUGAAGUAACAGGAGAUCGGUUGAAGGAGGCCCAGCACAUCAAUAAGUCCCUUUCAUCUCUAGGAGAUGUGAUUGCAGCACUGGCACAGAAAAAUUCACAUGUACCAUAUCGAAACAGCAAGUUGACUCAAUUGCUUCAAGAUUCCUUAGGGGGUCAGGCAAAGAUCUUGAUGUUUGUUCACAUUAGUCCUGAAUUGGAUUUGUACGGAGAGACACUUAGCACUCUUAAAUUUGCUAAAAGGGUGGCUACCAUUGAACUUGGUGCUGCUCGGGUAAACAAAGAAAGUACAGAAGUCCGUGAUUGUAAAUUUGAACCGUGCGACUUGCUAUGGUCGUAG